AUUUCUGUCCCACUAAUGUGUUUAUUUCACUAUCACUCUCAACAGGGGAACAUGGCAAUACAAAACAUCUACAUUUACCUGCUUGGAUUUUUGUCCAUAUCCUACAGAACAGAUGGAUAUUAUGAGCAGGUAGUAGACGAGUGCAGAUUCACCUCUAAGGACCUCCAGGAUGCAGAGUUUAUACGCUCUUAUGUUUUCAAUAUGGUUGAAGAUGUCAGGUUCAACAGCAGUGUGGGUGAGUAUGUUGGAUACACUGAGCUUGGUGUGAAGAAUGCAAAGGCAUGGAACAGUGAUCCUGGUGAACUGGCUGGUAUACGAGCACAGCUGGAUAGUUACUGCAGGAACAACGCGGGGAUCCACUACAGUGCCGUACUGGAUAAGACAGCUAAACCCUAUGUCAGAAUGAGCUCAGUGACGCCCCCCAGUGGCAGACACACUGCCAUGCUGAUGUGCAGCGCCUACGACUUCUACCCCAAACAAAUCAGAGUGACCUGGCAGAGGGACGGACAUGAGAUUAAAUCUGAUGUGACCUCCACUGAGGAGCUGGCUGACGGGGACUGGUACUACCAGAUCCACUCCCAUCUGGAGUACACACCCAAAUCUGGAGAGAAGAUCUCCUGUAUGGUGGAGCACAGCAGCCUCCCAGAGCCCAUGGUGUAUGACUGGGACCCGUCCAUGCCUGAGUCUGAGAGGAAUAAGAUAGCUAUUGGGGCGUCUGGUCUGGUUCUGGGAGCUAUCAUAGCAUUAGCAGGACUGGUCUACUACAAGAAGAAGUCUGCUGGGGUGCUCUAGCAACAACGAGCUAAGAUCUGAUGACAUAUUGAUGUAUUUACUGCAGAGAUGGAUCCAAAUUAAAUGUAUUGCUUGUGAAAAAUCAUUCUCAUAAAAGACCCCAACUGCUAUAGUUGCUUACUAAACAUUAUCAAAUACAUAAUUAAGCGUACUGCUGUUACCAUAUCCUAAAACAUUUAAAUAAUGUAUUAACAACUUACGACUUGAUAGUAAUAAAAUAAAUUGUAUGAUAACCAUGCAAUCAUUGUACAUGAGCUUAAUAGAGAUACUGUGGGUUAACUGCUUUAAUUGAGCUUCUAUACCUCUGUAGAUAAGUACUAUAGAGUGGGCAGCAAAGGAGUCUUUUUGGUUUUUGCAUUUUUUAUUAUAGGAACAAAAGAACAGGGAAUAGGUGAAGUUAACAGUGGAAAUAACCUGUAGUGAUAAUGCAGUUUUGAGAGGGAAUUAAACACUGUUAAGUUUUUGUUUUAUUUUUUAUGUUUUAAAUUACGGUUUCUCUCUGUAUUGAUGAAACACUCCAGACUAAAACAUAAUCAGUGUGACAACAAGUAAGUUACUAUGUGAUUGUUUCAGCUCCAUUAAUAUAAGUAUCUUCCUGACUUGAUGCUCAACGUCGUGGUGGUUUUAGAUCAUCUAUAUAAAUGUGUUUUGACAUGUCCCAUGAGAAAAUAUGAUUCCAGCUUAUUAAUAAAUGUAUCAAUAAACUAUUAAAAACCUCACAA